AGCUCCUACAGGAGGAGGAAGUGUUUUGGAAGUGGACACGGCAGGCCAGAGAAGGAAUCGAAGGAAAAGGGCGGAGGAGAGGGAGCUACCGGGGGGGACUGAGAAAACGAUAAAGCAUCGUCAGUUUUAGCGGCAGGACAAUUUGUUAUAUUUAACCUAAAUAUCGCAGGACUUCACAUACACUUGGAAGCUACUUUGACUACGGCGAACGACAUAUGGCCAUAAGUUCUCGUCUGUCUCCACUCAUCUUCCCGCCCAGCCUUCUCAUUUCUGUUUCUCUCCCUCCAGGUGACCUCCUGUUUGCUCAGAUUGUAGCGCAAGGGAUCAGCAAGCUUCACCGUCCUUCAGAAGAGUUUGUCUGACGGGGCAGGUGGGUGGGCGGGCCACAGGGAGUUGCGGGAGCCAUGCAUCAGGGGUGAGGGAGAUUCGCUGCGGGGGACACACACAGCGUCGGGUGAGGAGGGGGUCGGGGCAGGUCAGUGUGGAGAUGAAGCUCAAACAGCGCAUGGUGGUGCUGUGUGCCGUGCUCCUCCUGCUGGGCCUGGCCAAGAUCUUCCUGCUGGAUGGAGGCGAGGGCUCUGCAGCCAGCCGGCGGGAUCUCAGAGCAUUUCGCAAGAUGGAAGCUGGCCUUUCUCUGUCCCGGGGAGCUCGCCUUACCCACACCCUCCAGUCUCCGUGGGAGAUAGCAAGCCAGUGGGUGGGCCCGAGAGAGGUGUACCCUGAGGAGACCCCAGAGCUGGCUGCUGUGCUCUCGUCCCUCAGCACUGCCAGGAUAGAACGCGCAGAUGUGGGCUAUAAGGGCACGCAGCUCAAAGCCCUGCUGGUGCUGGACGGGGGACAGAAAGUGGUCUUCAAACCCAAGAGAUAUAGCAGAGACUACGUGGUCGAAGGCGAGCCAUACGCAGGCUAUGACAGACACAAUGCAGAGGUGGCUGCUUUUCACCUGGACAGGAUCCUUGGGUUCAGGAGAGCACCUCUAGUGGUCGGGAGGUAUGUCAACGUGCGAACAGAGAUUAAACCUGUGGCCACAGACCAGCUGCUUAGUACCUUCCUAAUGCAGGGUAAUAAUACAUGUUUUUAUGGAAAGUGUUAUUACUGUCGGGAGAGUGAGCCAGCGUGUGCAGAGGGAGAGAUCAUGGAGGGCUCGUUAACCCUUUGGCUGCCGGACGUCUGGCCUUUGCAGAAACACAGACACCCCUGGGGACGCACAUACAGAGAGGGGAAACUGGCCAGGUGGGAGUACGAUGAGAGUUACUGCGAGGCGGUGAAGAAGAUGCCUCCCUAUGAUGCAGGGCCGAGGCUGCUGGACGUCAUCGACACGGCCAUAUUUGAUUAUCUGAUUGGGAACGCUGACCGGCAUCACUAUGAGAGUUUCCAGGACGACGGCGGCGCCAGCAUGCUCAUCCUGCUCGACAACGCAAAGAGCUUUGGGAACGCCGCUCUGGAUGAGCGAAGUAUCCUCGCACCACUCUAUCAGUGCUGCAUGGUUCGUGUGUCCACGUGGAACAGGUUAAACCUACUGAGGGGUGGAGCUCUGAGUUCAGCGAUGCGGCAGGCCCUGGCAUUCGACCCCAUCCACCCGGUCCUGGCUGAGCCACAACUCGCAGCCCUGGACCGGCGUCUGUCUGGAAUCAUAGCAACUGUCAAGCAGUGUAUGGAGGCACAGGGCCCCGAUAAUGCUCUAAUAGAGGACCGAAUAAACCUCCCACACCCCUAGAAGUAAGGGACAGGAGAAAACGGUUCAACAGGAACAGCCAGGACUUUACCCCACACGUCUGGAGAAGAGGAGAGGGCCCUGGUGUUAAAGAGAUGCAGAGUGAGUAAAUCGCCAGGGUGGAACAGAGACUGUGUAUUUCUUCCACCCUGGUCCGUUUUUUUUUUUAUUGUCACUCUGAUAAGACUGAAGUGGUCCUCUUAAAGGAAUCGCUGGAUUCAAAGUGGUGUCACCUUCUACUAUAUAAACUUUUUCUCAGGACUGUUGUACACUAUAGGACGGUAUCAGCUGUAAGAAGCCCUACCUCCCUCUACUACUCCUGCCUUGUGCCAAACGCUCCCUCCCAGUCCAGCUAUUCCCUUCUCGACUAAGCAGGAAGAUGUAGACACUCAGAGGAGCCGGAGGGAAGGUGAAAAUGAGCCACCAACGUCUCGAUGGAAGACACUGUACAGCCACGUUGCAGGAUGUUGGAAGCUUACAGUCAAAGACAUUGAAAAGUAGAUUUCUGUUGAAUUAACAGGAAAUGUAAUCCAUUUUAGAACUAAAACUGAACUUUUACUGGAAGGAAAAGAGAAUUAACGGCCCUUCCUCCAUCAUUGUGUACAUAUUUAACUAAGUAGUGACAUAGAAUUAUGAGACGAAAGAAUAUACAUUUGUGGAUUAUAAUAUUAAAUAAAAUUAAGUGUGCGUGUGUUUGCGAGCGUGGGUGUGUGAAUGGAAGAGUGCCAUAUUGUGCCAUAAAUAAGAAUAGCUACUGAUAUCACAGGCUUGAAGUGAGGGGAAGCAGAGGGUGGGGGUGUGAAUUCAUCUUCAUCAUUAAACUAUGAUCUAUUUAAUUGUG